AUGUUGACGACCAGGAAAGAGAUUGAGCUUAAAGAAAGACCAAUAAAAAGACCUUGCUAUGGUCAGUCAACCUACUGUCCCACUUUUUCGCUUCUCUUCAAGUUUAAGCACAGCGAUGGUAUUGCUUGCUUUAGCGAAGGUGGGAGGCAGUUAGAAGGAAAGCGGAAUAGACUCCGUAAUAAAUAA